GCUUGCCGGCCCCAUCGUUGAACGUUUUGAUACUCAACCCCCGGUCCCGGGUUCGAAUCACCCAGCGUCCAAAUUCCUGGGUUUCUCCAGCCAGUCAACACGUGAAAGUGCGUUUACGCCCACUGUACGUGCGAGAUGAGAAUUUGAAGUCGCACAGAAGCAUGAAAUUAAGUGCUGUUACUGCCAUAAAUCCUUUUUUACAGUACAUUCUCUGUUAUUUAUAUUAAUUACAGGUUUGUCGAGAGAAGCCGGUAUACUCAACCGUUAUAUUUUUGCAUUAAAGUGUGAUCCACUGGCCAAAUCUGAUAUUUUUGUGAAUUAAUGAUUCUCUGUAACGAUUUUUGCCGCCUUUUUGUUUUGUUUUCCUCUGCGUUGAUAUGUAAAAUAUGCGAGCGAGAACAAUUAAAUCUACAUGCAUAAAUGGCAGAUCGUCAUAGCCGGUGCAUCGGCCGCCAUCGCUUUUCUAGUUUUGCUGGGGCUGGCUGUGUAUUUUCUGAGCUGUUUUCUGAGAGGCCGAGGUUCGAGACCCGGGGCGGCCAGGCAGAGAAUAGUCGUAAUAUCAGAAGGCAGAAGACUUGAGAACAAGGGAAAGAAUAAGAAAGUGCACGGGCAAUACAGUUUUUCUGUGGAGGCUUUCAGAUGGGAUCAUCAUCCUUCUUUGGUAGCAGAAAUCCUGGAGCACGGCUGGACAACAUUUGCCUUCACAUACAAUUAUUUUAACAGAGAGAAGAACAAACACAGCCCCCUUUCGUGCGGACUUUGCAGAGGCGCAGAGUCUGAGCCGGAGAUUUCAUGGGAACCGGUCUCGGGUUCGAAUCUCAUGCAAAAAAUUCGGCUUAAUCCGGCCUGUGCUUCUUCAGAAUUCGUGUCUCUCCAUACGGCUUUACCCUUGCCGGGGCCUGCGCUCGGUAGUUUAGGGUUUCCACAAGAGUCGUAUUUUGAGAUCACCAUUAUUUCGGAAGGAUCAGCAGAUGACAAGGUUUUUUAUAAUAGUAUGGGUUUUGAGGAUGGCGUGGACGACGACGACGGCGUUAAUCUUCUGCAUCUCGUGAAUUCAGAUCCUAAAAUUGCUCCAGGCGAAGGGCUGAGAUUGAGCGAUGUUGCAGGAAGUAACAAGAAUGUUAGCGCGGGGCAAAGGAAGGGGAAAGAAAGAGUUAUUGCAGUCGGGCAGGGCGCAUCUGGGAGCUGCGCAUGUACAAUGCCGGGACUCGAUCUCGGGUCUGUGGGAUUUUACUCUACCGGUGCCGUUUUGUUGAACGGGCAGCGGCCCGCGGGCAGCGAAGAAGAAAUGCACAAGUGGGGAAACGUAGGGAGUGUGAUAGGUUGCGGGUUCGAACCGGCAAGGAGGUGCGUUUUUCUUACGUUAAAUGGCGUGUGGGUUCGCAGCGUAAUGUGUGGAACCGUUGAUUUUGGCAGCCCACUUUAUCCCACCAUAGCCGCCAAUUACGAUGUUACUGUUUUGGUGAAUUUCGGGCAGCGGAGUUUUUGUUAUGAGGAUGCGAAUUCAAGGAGGGUUACAGAUCCUUCCUCCUUAAAUUGUUUGGAAGACAGUCGGGAGUUUUUCUCAAUUGAGAGGAUUGAUCCUCUCUGGCUCGCCGACAAAAUGCCCACUGAACCAGACGAAUCUGAUUUGUUCGAGAUCACCUUGGAUGCCAACACUGCUUAAUAAAAUCUUUUAUCUGUGAAAAGAAAAAGCAGGCACUUAUACAGAGCUUUUAACAGUUCGUUAACCGUAUGCCUUUAGAUUGUCCAAGAUUGAAACUGCUGAAAAUUGAAAGCUUAAAAAGAUUCCUGUAUAGUUUUCUUUU